AUGGCCAUAGAUCAGCCACCCCCGCAACACACAUCCACCCCUAAGGCUCAGGAGCCUCCAAUCUACACAUCUUCCCUCUCCAUCUGCUCCUCUGAUCUACUCCUCCCUCAAACCAAUACCAGAACCAUGACCUGCUGUGGCUGCUCAGGAGGCUGUGGCUCCAGCUGUGGGGGCUGUGGCUCCAGCUGUGGGGGCUGUGGCUCCAGCUGUGGGGGCUGUGGCUCCUGCUGCUGCAAGCCUGUGUGCUGCUGUGUGCCUGUCUGUUCUUGUUCCAGCUGUGGAGGCUGCAAGGGAGGCUGUGGCUCCUGUGGGGGCUGCAAGGGAGGCUGUGGCUCCUGUGGGGGCUGUGGCUCCUGUGGAGGCUGCAAGGGAGGCUGUGGCUCCUGUGGAGGCUGUGGCUCCUGUGGGGGCUGUGGCUCCUGUGGAGGCUGCAAAGGAAGCUGUGGCUCCUGUGGAGGCUGCAAGGGAGGCUGUGGCUCCUGUGGGGGCUGUGGCUCCUGUGGGGGCUGUAAGGGCGGCUGUGGCUCCUGUGGAGGCUGCAAGGGAGGCUGUGGCUGUGGCUCCUGUGGGGGCUGUGGCUCCUGUGGAGGCUGUGGCUCCUGUGGAGGCUGCAAGGGAGGCUGUGGCUCCUGUGGAGGCUGCAAGGGAGGCUGUGGCUCCUGUGGGGGCUGUGGCUCCUGUGGAGGCUGUAGGGGAGGCUGUGGCUCCUGUGGAGGCUGCAAGGGAGGCGGUGGCUCGCUGUGGGGAGGCUGUGGCUCCUGUGGGGGCUGUGGCUCCUGUGGGGGCUGUGGCUCCUGUGGGGGCUGCCAGUCCAGCUGCUGUCAGUCCAGCUCCUGUUCAAGGCGUCCUUCUCCAGUCCUUGAUGGGAAGGAACAAAUCACUGCCCUGAUGCUUCCCUGA